AUGCUUACAAAAGGAAAAGAAGUUUUUCAAAUAAUUGAUGUAUUAAAAAAAACAUAUAGUAGAUUAUCAAAAAUUCGAAUACCUACAGGUGCAAGAUGUUUUUUAAAUGAUGAUAACAAAUCUUGUACUGUUGAGGUAACUUAUUCUCAACGUUCUGUUGAAAUUGAUACAAUGCUUAAACAACGAAGAAUCUUUUUUUUUAAUUCAUCAAUGAAAUCACCUACCUCAUUCACUUCAUAUAUAGGUGAAACUGACAAUACAACAACAUAUAGUAUUGAUAAUAAAAAAAAAGCUGUAUUUUUUUCAAAAAAGAAAAAUGAUAAUGAACAAUUUCUUAUUCAAAUUUUGAAUAAUGUUACUGAAACUGUAAUUGAUACUUUUGAGUUAUCAUCAAAAAUUCAUGGUAAACCAAUAUUAUCUGGAGAAUUUGGAACAUUUUCAUUAUCACAAGAUGGUUCUAAAGUACUAUAUUCAGCUGAAAAAAAAAUUUCUACCUCAAAAUUUUUUGAUAAUGAUGUUGAUUGGAAUGAUGAAAAAAAGUUGGAGGAAAGUAAUGUUGGGCAAAAAUUUAUUUUAAAUGAAUCAUUUGGUGAACAGUUAAAUGAAAUUUAUAUUCCAACAUUAUGUUUACUUAAUGUUGAAAAUGGAAAAAUUGAAGUUAUUAAUGAGUUAAUAAAAGGAGAAAAUGUAUCACCAUUAUAUAGUUUAUUGACAAAUGAUUCUAAAUUUAUUAUCUCAUUUGUACUUUCACAGACACAAUUAAAAGAAGGAAAAAUAUUUUGUAAUAAUAGACCAGGAAAAUUGAUAAUUUAUAAUAUUGAGACAAAAGAAAGUAGUAUUAUUCUUGAGAAUAAAAGUAUUGAAUGUUUAAUAAAUUCACCUUGUGGUCAAUUUGUAUACUUUAUGAUGCGAGAACCAUUUGGUCCUCAUAAUAGUUGUUUAUCAUUAAAUGAAUUAAAUUUAAGUAAUAAAGAAAUUCAUGAAAUUAUUCCUAUAAAAAAUUUAGAAAAUAUUGAGGAUGACAAUACUUUUCCAGGAUUUUUUAUGCCAUCAUAUGGACAAAGAUCCUGGUCAAAUGAUGGUAAAAAUUUGAUUAUUUCAACUUUAUGGAAAUGUAAACUUGAAAUUGUCUCAGUUGAUAUUAAAUGUCAGAGUGUUGAAAGAUUGACAAAUAUUUCUGAAGUUAAAGGAAGUUGGACUUUAUAUGAUGUUUGUAAUGACUAUAUUAUUUCAUCUCUUAGUUCACCAAAUAUAGCACAUGAAAUGUAUGUUGGAAAGUUUAAUGAUAAUAAUGGUAAAAAAAUUUCAUGGAUGUGCUUAGAAAAUUCUAAUAAUAAAGAUUUGUGUGAUAAAGAAUUGAUAAAUAAUGAUUAUGAAAGAUUAUACUUUGAUAUUGGUAAAGGAAUGUAUGAGUGUAUCUUUAUAAAACCAAAAAAUUUUAAAGAAUUAAAUCUUGCUGUUUGUGUACAUGGUGGACCACAUGGUAUAUCAUUAUUAUCAUUACCAAGAAGAGAUGUACAAUUAAUGUUAAAUAGUGGAUAUGCUGUUUUACUAGUAAAUUAUCAUGGUUCAAUUGGUUAUGGAAAAUCAUUUGUUGAUGAGUUACCAGGAAAAUGUGGAACCCUUGAAAUUGAUGAAAUUCAUCAUGCGAAAAAUCAAAUUUUAAGUUUAUAUCCAUUUAUAAAUAAAAACAAUGUAUGUUUGUUUGGUGGAUCACAUGGAGGAUUUGCUGUUACUUCACUUAUUGGAAAAUAUCCUAAUGAUUUUAAAGCAUGUGUUGCACUUAAUCCUGUAUUAGAUUUUCAAACUUCUCAUGAUAUUAGUGAUAUUGCUGAUUGGGCAGUUUAUGAAUCAUUAAAUAAAAUUUAUAAUUGGGGAAAAUAUUUAACAUUAGAGGAAAGAAAAGAAAUGUUUAUGAAAUCACCAAUUUCAUUAGUUGAAAAUGUAACUACUCCAUAUUUACUUUUAAUUGGUGAGAAAGACUUACGUGUUGUACCUCAUUAUCGUCCAUAUAUUAGAACAUUACAAGCAAGAAAGGUACUUUGUAAAGUUUUAACAUAUCCCAAGUCAAAUCAUAGUCUUCAAGAAGUUGAUGUUGAGGCAGACUAUUCAAUUAAUACCAUUCUUUGGUUUAUGGGUAUUCAUUAA